AGAGCAAUCAGUGCUUUCUUCACAAUUUGCAAUCUGUUGUAUUCAAAGCAUAAAACAAAAUGUUUUAUUUUGCAGAAAGAAUUUAACACAGAUCCAUGGACAUGCAGCCAAACAAGCCUGUCUCAGUACCUCCUGGUGGAUUUGUGAAUCCAGCUUAUCCACCAGGUUAUACAGGAAAUCAAGCUGCUUAUGGGUAUCCUCAGUAUGCACCUGGAACUUUUGGGGGUGCUCCCGGACAAGCUAACUAUGUCUUCCAGGGCUACCCAGUAGGAACUCCAUAUGCACCUGGGGUGCCCCCAGUCCAAAAUCAGCCUGUUGCGCCUGGUGGGGCACCCUGGAUGCCAGCACCACCGCCUCCUCUCAACUGUCCUCCUGGAUUAGAAUACUUAAGUCAGAUUGACCAGAUAUUAAUUCAUCAGCAGAUUGAGCUUCUGGAAAUUAUUACUGGUUUUGAAACAAACAACAAAUAUGAAAUAAAAAAUGCCUUGGGGCAGAGGGUAUACUUUGCAGCAGAGGAGAAUGAUUGCUGUACUCGCAAUUGUUGUGGACCAUCGCGACCUUUCACCAUUAAGAUUAUUGAUAAUAUAGGGCAAGAAGUGAUCACAUUGCAAAGACCUCUCAGGUGCUCUUCUUGCUGUUGUCCUUGCUGUUUGCAGGAGCUUGAGGUUCAGGCUCCUCCAGGUACCCCAGUUGGCUACAUUACCCAAGACUGGGACCCUUGUGUGCCUAAAUUUACCAUUCAAAAUGAGAAAAGGAUGGAAGUAUUGAAAAUCACUGGUCCAUGCAUUGUAUGCAGCUGUUGUGAAGAUAUUAAUUUUGAGGUGAAGUCAAAUGAAAAUGUAGUUGGAAGAAUUUCUAAGCAGUGGACUGGAUUUGUAAGAGAGGCAUUUACAGAUGCUGAUAAUUUUGGAAUCCAGUUCCCAAUGGACCUUGAUGUUAAAAUGAAAGCUGUGAUGAUUGGUGCUUGCUUCCUUAUUGAUUUCAUGUUUUUUGAACAAACUGGGAACAAGAACCAACGAGCAGGAGUGUGGCAGUAAAAUCCUGUGUUGGAUUUGAAACAUUUCAACAAAGAGAAAAACUCCAUGCUACUUUAUAGUCUUUCCAAAAUUAUGCCACAAGGCUCCUGUGCCUGAAGAUUUCAAAAUAUCUUGCUUGCUUGUUAUUUUUGUGAUCUAAAGAUUCUAUUAUAUAUUUUUAUUUGCAGUAUCAAAAUAAGUCUAAUUGUCUAAACAAGUCUAAUUGUCUAUGCAAAUCUUGUUUAUAUUUUAUAAUGUGAAGUGUAUGUCACACUCUACUGUGAUUAUGACAUAAGCCUUUUUCAAGAUUUUUGAGUACUUUGUAGGCAUUCCUGUUUACUACUGAAGCAUGUAGUUAGUUAACUUCUGUUCUAGACAUGUGGUUCUGAAAAAACCUUCAAGAAUUCUUAUAUAAAAAGAACAUUUCAGUUGUCUGUGUGUGUGUGUAUAUACACACACACACACACACACACACACACUGAACACAAAUAUCUUUAUCAUAAAAGAAGGCUGCACCAGAAUUAACAGAAGUAUAGCAAGGGUCUAAUUACUCUUCUAUAUGUAUCUGCCCUACACAGUCCAAAUUUGCCCAACAGUUAAAAGUGUCUCACUGUGAUUUAACCAUAUACUAGAAAACUAGAAAAAAUGUACUAUAAUUCUUCAUCUAAUUCAUUUCCACAAAAACAACAAUUACUCCUAGGACUAGGGCAAAUAGUUAUAUGUUGAAAGAAUAAGAACACUAACUUAUCUCUCACUGCUGUGAUCACAUCAUUGUUUCUCUACUACUUUUCAUGGCUAUUGGUGAAGAGAAUAGCUGUCUUGGGUAUAUAAGGGUUGAUUGUGUGUGUGUGUGUGUGUGUGUGUGUGUGUGUGUGUGU